CGAGGCCCCGUCACAGGGACUCUCCGUCACUGGAAGCAAAAAAGAAAUUCACCAGCACAUUCGAAAUGGCACAUACAUCUGAAAUGUAACAGAAUGCAUCAAAAAAUGCCGCGCUAUGAAGACUUUACAGUGAGGGGAUUGACAUAUCCACAUAGGUGGUGUGGUCUGAAACGUGUUGAAAGCCACUCGCAGCUUGCAAAGGAUGUCCGGUGCAAAGAUCCUCCUGUUCCUUCAGAGCUUAUCACGCAGGAAACCUCUGGAGCCCGAAGGAGAGGUGUCCAACUUCCGCCGCUGCCUGACCACCCUUGACCUUGUGGCUUUGGGGGUGGGCAGCACAUUAGGGGCCGGCGUGUACGUGCUAUCCGGAGAGGUGGCCCGAACCGUGGCCGGGCCCAGUAUCAUCCUCUCCUUCUUGAUAGCGGCCAUCGCUUCGGUCUUUGCGGGAUUGUGCUAUGCUGAAUUUGGAGCUCGGGUCCCCAAGACGGGUUCUGCCUACCUCUACAGCUAUGUGACAGUGGGCGAGAUAUGGGCCUUUAUCACCGGGUGGAACCUUCUCCUGUCUUAUGUCAUUGGGACGUCUAGUGUGGCCAGAGCGUGGAGUGGAACCUUUGAUGACCUCAUCGGAAAUGUCAUUGCCAAUUCCUUGGGGAAACACGCCGCCAUGGAACUGCCAGGAUUAGCUCCUUACCCGGACUUUUUUGCAGCUGGCCUUAUUCUGCUCUUGGCAGGGAUUCUUGCAUUCGGCGUGAAAGAGUCUGCCAUUGUGAACAAAGUGUUUACGGCGGUUAACAUCGUAGUGUUGCUGUUUGUUAUUCUCACCGGCUUCAUAAAGGGAGAUCUCGACAACUGGUACAUUGAUGAAGCAAGUCUGCAAAAUUCACAUGAAAACGCAUCAUCGGCGAAUGAAACCGUCACUUUUGGAACUGGCGGAUUUUUCCCUUUUGGCUUUGACGGAACGUUAGCGGGAGCGGCAACUUGCUUUUACGCGUUUGUCGGCUUUGAUUGCAUUGCAACGACAGGUGAGGAGGUCCAGAAUCCCCAGAAAUCAAUCCCCCUCGGAAUUGUGGCGUCCCUUCUGGUUUGCUUCUUGGCUUACUUUGGCGUGUCCGCUGCCCUCACUCUCAUGAUGCCAUACUAUUUGCUCAGUGUUCACAGCCCACUGCCUGUGGCUUUUACAUACGUGGGCUGGGGCCCUGCAAAGUACGCCGUGGCAGUGGGAUCCCUCUGUGCACUGUCCACAAGCCUCUUGGGAUCAAUGUUCCCUAUGCCCCGAGUGCUUUUUGCAAUGGCGAGGGACGGCCUUCUCUUCAGCCUUCUCAGCAAAAUGAGUGAGAGACAAAGUCCUGUCAUUGCUACGCUGGCGUCCGGUGUUAUCGCGGCCAUCAUGGCAUUAUUGUUUGACCUGAAGGCUCUGGUUGACAUGAUGUCCAUUGGAACCCUGUUUGCCUACACCCUUGUUGCCAUAUGCAUUCUCAUAUUAAGAUACCAAGUGGACGUCAAUGCCGACAACGAAGAACCAUUUUCUGUCAGUGGGCUCUUCUUUCCUGGUUCACAAUGCACAGCACGGACAUCAAAAAGUGUGUCCGUGUUGACAGUUUGUAUAAUAUUUUUAGCAACCAUCCUGAGUCUCUUCAUAUCCCAAGCCAUGACCGCGCUGCAGUCUUCGGAGUGGUGGAGUGUUCUCUGUGUCGUUGUAGUGAUGGCGAUUCUGAGCCUCACUAUCCUCAUUAUCUGGAGACAACCGCAGAGCGCGACGAGAGCUGCUUUCAUGGUUCCUUUUGUGCCACUGCUUCCUAUCUUGAGCAUCUUGAUCAACAUUUACCUCAUGGUUCAACUGGGAUCGGACACAUGGAUACGCUAUGUUGUGUGGAUGGCGAUAGGUUUAAUCAUCUACUUUGCUUAUGGGGUUCGGCACAGUGUACAGAAGCAAAGGCUCCAAAAUUCACGCAACCAAGGCACCAUCAACAGAAUCACUUCCAAUGUGGAUGACAACUUAGGUCCUGAACCAAUUUUCAGCUAGAUUUUGUUGGUUUGUUGAUAACAAACAUGGGAUUAGCUAUCGGUCAUGGCCAGUAUGAUUAAACAUAUCAAAUAAGUGUUAGUCAAACUGACUGUUGUUUUUAUAAAUCUGUACUAACGUUCAUACCGUUGAAUGUUUUAUGAAACAUAUCGACCGUAUUGUAAAAAUAAAUUGACUUGGUGUGA